CGACAGUUUGCCGCGAGCGCUCUGAACGUGAGGACGUUCUGCGACGCUCCCAAGGCUGAAAUACAAAUCGUCUGCAAAUACGCAGCCUUCAUAUAUACGCACCUCCGUUCUAUGCGUCGUCGCACGAUUCGUUGUCGUGUAUGAUUUUUGCAAAUAAUUCGUCGAACAGGAUUCACACGUCGACGCGAAACACGAGGUGGGGCGAUCUUUCGCUCGGCUGUCACGAAUUCGAUAAAAUAACGAACGGGAAUCAGGGCGAACCGACAGCGAGAGAGGAGAAUAUAAUUUUUACCAAAAAAUUAACCCCGGGUGACUCGUUCGUCGCGAUCGAAAUCACGUGACUGGUGAUACAGUGACGUUUAGCAACCCUUGCAACGCGGAUCACGCGGUGACGAAAAAAAGCUCAUAUCGAGAGGCGGCAACCGAUCGCGGUUAUUCGCUUACGCGCGUGUUCAAAGUUUCAUCGGGUUUUACAAACGCGUCGUCGUUAAUUCCGUACAAAGUGAAUUUUCCGAACUGACUUUGCAGCACCGUGACAGUGGAAAGGAAUUGUAAAAACUCGUGUUCCGUCAUCGGAUCUUAUUGUUAUGAACAACAUAGUGUAUGAUAUUUAACCAAGUGUCAAACAGUGGCUUGACCAGUGCCAAGAUAUUUUGACAGUUCUGAAAAAGUUUAAACACACCAUCUUUUGCGAGAAAAAAAAAGGCGAAACAUCGUCAGAUAAGUGAUACGGACAGAAGUACGAUAACCGAUCGCCGAAAGUCAACGUGCAAAAAAGUUGUUUUUUAAAAUAGCUCCGAUUACCUCAGAGUACCUGACAAGGUGACAAAGAACACGAGAAAAGGAAUAAUCGAAUGUUCUGAUUGAUCGAUUGAUCGAAACGAAGUUAAAAAACACCAAAAGUAAAUAAUAGAUGACAAAAAUUCUUCCGAGACUUUUCCUACUCUGGACCCUUUAAACGCGCAACAAUUGUAUACGCCGCGAAGGCGCCAUGUGCUAGGAGACGGCUGACGUUUGUUUUGCUCCUGAGACAGCUGGAGGCGUGAUUUGCUUGAAAUAAAAGAAGUCGGCAGGUAGCGAACCGAGUUGAUAAAAAUGUCUGCGAAGCGAAAGGCGACCGCUAUCAUGCAGCAUCACAAGGAGAAUAUUUCCACCCCAGAGCCAUCGGACAUCUCCGAGGAUGACCAUUACUCGAGCGCGCUCAUGAAAGACGCGGACAAGCUGAAGCUGAUGCUGCUCGCGUGGAAUUAUAAUCUCCAACAACAGGCGCAGGCACAGGCACAGGCGGCAACGGCUGCUCUCUCGCCAAAUAAUUCUUCAACAACGACUGCCUCGACAAUUGGCUGUCCCACAACAGUCACCAGCCAAUCGGUCAUAUCCACGGCAAACAACACGAUUAACAACUCCACACUUACAGAUUCGCGAAACGGCGGAUGCAGCGAGCUCGGAGAACUGGGCUCGGGGAACGUACCGAGCCUGGGAUCGGUCGCCGGUGUCGGUAGCGAGGACAUGGCCUCUCUCUGGGCAUCUUACGCGAUGGGUCUCAAGAAGACACCGCCGCCAGCCCCGUCCGCGACUCCGUCACGCAUGGAUCGUGACCGGGAAUCGAGUCCAGCUGGCGGCGAGGGUACCGGAAGCGCUCACGACGAAACGAGCAGCAGUGGAAACAAAGAGGAUGAGGACGACGACGACGAAGAUGCCGACGAGAGGUUGGACCCCAGACACCACGAUCCGGAACGUCUCAAAGCGUUCAACAUGUUCGUGCGACUCUUUGUCGACGAGAACCUGGACCGCAUCGUGCCGAUAUCCAAGCAACCGAAGGAAAAAAUUCAGGCCAUAAUUGACAGCUGCACCAGACAAUUUCCCGAAUUCGCUGAGAGAGCGCGCAAGAGGAUCAGGACGUACCUGAAAAGCUGUAGGCGCAACAAACGCGGGCGGGAGGGUGCGCCCUGGGACGCGGCUCGGCCGACACCAGCGCAUCUGACUUCGGUCCAGGCGGAACAAAUCUUGGCUACCGCCUGCGAGAACGAGAGCGACAACGCAAAGCGGAUGAGAGUCGGAUUGGAGCCAGUUUCUCAACCCAUGCCAACGCUGCCCGCAGCAACGCAAACGGACGUACGCGCCAGUCUGGACCAUUUUUCGAGCACGCCCGUCAAGUCGCUACCAGGAAAACGAGAAGACACGCCACCUGCACCGUUGACGUCCUUGGCGCCAUUGACGAGUCUAGCCAACCUACCGAACAGCACCAUCGCUUCGACACCGUUGUCUCUUACCCCGGCAUCGAAGCUACUUACACCUACCGACAACAAGGGGCUCAUGAGCCAAGCAACGAUAGUCAGUUCGUCGGUGGUGAACGGAGUAGCCAGUGGAGGAGCUCCUACGGCUAUGUACAGGCCAAAUUUCAGUCAGGCCUUCCAACGCGCGGGGCCAACAACGGUCCCACCAACCCUCUCCGCCGGUCUAUACCCUACGCAGAGUUUCACCUCCGGGCUGCUCAGCAACGGUACACAAAGGCCGACAGAUCUGAGUAUGAAGAACACGAAACCCUUGCUUAGUCACAAAUUGAACGCGACGGAAAUGACGGCGGUGAGACAGCUGAUAACUGGAUAUCGAGAAUCAGCCGCCUUUCUUCUAAGAUCUGCGGAUGAAUUGGAACAACUUUUGCUCCAGCAGCCGUAGAACUAUACGAUCUAUACAGCGUCGAUGCGACAGCUAGGUUUUUUGUCACAACAACCCUAAUUAUUAUUAAACCGAAACCACAGCAGCUACCGCUGUGUGCUACGCGGCAGCUGGAGGAAAACACAGAAAACAAAAAACAUUGAGUUAGCGGUGAUAAACUUUGAUCGUGAAAACUUCCUCUGGAAUUUAUUUCAUGGGGUGCAGGCUGACGUUUUCGCACAAUCGCGUAGCCUCGGAUUUAACGAUUACGAUCAGCGGAAUUGCGACGGAUAAAAUCCGAAAAUAUUGUUGAAAAAUUCGCCGAUGAUUGUGCGUUAUACCGAUCGCAGCCAAACGAAUAACAAACAAAAGCACGUGACACGAUCGACCAUCCCCUCAAUUAUCGCUUGCGCCCUCGAAGAACGGACACUUUAUUACUAGAACGUGAGAAACUAAUGUAAUACCUAAUAUCUAUCUCAUUUUCAUUUCGUUUCUCGUUUGUCAACAAUUUCAUUAACAACUCUCGAAUGAUUCCAUAUUCAACGAGUUAUUCUACAGAUGAAUAACGUAACGAACGAGUUGAAGCCGAAAAUGAGACGUUGAAUUAAGCUCUCAGAGUCCCAAACCAGUCGGUAAAAUAUAUUAUUUUCAACUAUUAGCCACCCCUCGAUAGAGGUGGUUGUUGAAACACGAAUCUCAUCGAUCUCAGAACAAUACGCGACGUUCAUUUUCACAAAUUUAUACGCAUCGGGCGCCGUUACGGUGGCCGUCCUCACAAAACCUCUUCGAAUUAUCGUUUCGCGUCGAGGGCAGAGGGCAUCUGCGGUCAAGUUGGAAACGGUCACGUCGAUGUACGCGAAGUGACUAAACUGAGUAUAAGGAUUGAAACCAUUGUUGGUGAGGUUUGUGAAUAGCAUCCCGCUAAAAUAUGAUUGUGUUAUCGACCAAAACUGCCCCCUGUGCUCUUCGCGGUUGGCAACCAGAACUCUUUGAAUGCACAUGCCUAAUACGUUCGCGAUAAACAAAAUAAAAAAUAUAAAAUAAUUAUGAGAAUUUGUCUGCAUCGAGAAGAGUUUUUUAGAAUAUAAUUAUUAUUAUAUUGUUGUAAAUUUGUUUACAUGCAUAUAGCGUCUAAGGAAUUAUUAUUAUUAUUAUAUAACGACGAUUUACUAAAACAAAUUUAAAAGAAAAAAAAAAUAUAUAUAUAUAUAUAUAUGCAUAUAUAUAUAAACCUAAAAAGAAAAGAGUUCCGCGUAAGCUAUAGGAGUUAUAAUAUUGCAAAUGAUAUUAUUGAAAUAUAUUAUAUAGUAUGAAAUCGCAAGAAUUAUUGAUGAAUUACUAAUGAUUUAUUAUUAUUAAAAUUACUAUUAUUACGAUUAUUAUGAUUAUUAUGAUUACUAUUAUUAUUAUUAUCAUUAACAAUUGAUUAAGAAAACUUUAAAAAACAGGGUGUAUAUAAAAAAAAAAAAAAAAGAAAAAAGAAUUAUGAAUAUUUACUUAAUUAAUAAGUUAAGAAAGAUAAAUCAUACAAAAUUAUUAAGGUUCGAAAGUACUAGUAUUUUUCAAACGAGUCUAAAAAGUUAUACGAUCGGCACAAAACAUUGAACGAACUAAUAAUAUAGAUAUACAAAACGAGUAAGAAAAUAAAAAUAAAAUAAAAUAAAUUAAAACAAUAAUCGAUUUUCUCAACGGUGUCGCGAAGAUCGAGAAAAUCUGUUUUAAGUACAAAUUCUUAUCGAUAAUUACAGCUGGGCUCGCGCUAAUAAAAUCGCGAGAUAAAAUUCAAAGAGUCGAGAAAAAAAAUGACAAAUAAUUGAUAACGACGGCUUGAAAAAGAAAUAACGAAAACUGGAUCUCCGCGACGCAAUGGAUAUCUCAUCCAUGUCUUUCAGUUACGUGUGUAUAUCGUACACAUAUAUUUGCAAAAAGAAAUAACACAUAAUAUGUGUGUGAAAUAGCGCUAUGCGUAAAUUACGCACCGGGCGCGAUAAUAGUACAUAAAAAGAAAAGAAAGAUGUUAAAAAGAAAUAUGAAAAAUACAAGCUGCAGGCUAAAAUAACGUAAUAUUUCAAGUUUAAAAGAACUCCAAUGUUUUUGAGUCACAUUGUAUAUAGCGUAAAUUACUGUAUGAUAAGGUAGAAUAUUAUUUUAUAGAUUUCGCAGUGGCACAAUGUGUAAACUGCACCGUCUUGGCGUGACAAAAUGCUGCUACCAUUGUUAGAAACUAGACUCGAUUGCUCGAUAAAACAUAAUUCGGGAAUACAUACUUGCGAUGCGUGAUAGAUUACGAGGUGGUAGCAUUGUGUCAUGAUUUGAUCGUGUAGGGUCUCCAAUGUAGCAUCACCAAGUUACCAAAGAAUACUAAUAUAUAGAGUAGAUCGUCAAGUGGCACAGUACAGCAUCACGAAUCUUUAGAUUGAUCGGAUUCCUGACGAUUUUGACACGUGAGAAAAAAAGCUAAGUUUAUUAUUUACGUUUCUCUCGUAAACGUAAUGACGAUAAAUGGUGCUCCCACAGAUAAAAAAGGUAUGAAAUAAAAUAUAGAAACCCAUGCUCCCGCGUAUCGGGCAAUCACCCCUUGCUGUCCCACUUGCAAUAUAUAUAAAAAAAAAGAAUUCAAACAAAUACGAAGGAACAAAACAAAAGUAAAAUUAACAUCGACCUACACUGGGAUUCGUUUCAUAAAAAUGUACAUUAGUUUUAAAUGUCGUUUUGUAAAUAAGUUAUAUCUUAAAGUAUAUUGAAUUAAUAAUUAAGUUGCUUAUGAAAUGAUGAUAAGAAAAAAAAAUACAUAUAAAUAUAUAUACACAUAUAUAUUUAAAAUAAUGAAAAUUAAUUGGCCACGGAGAACGUACAUUCCAUCUCGGAAAGGAAAGACAAUAUUUCCAAAAAAAAAGUAAAAAAAAAAAAAAAAUGAUAAAUAUUUGAAAAAUAACUUUUGUUUCGUUUUGAGGCAUUCAAAGAGUAAAAUUUUUAUUUUGUUGUUUGUUUUUCGAUGAAAAAAAGAAAUCAGAAUUUUUUUUAAACAUACCUGAGGACCGAAUCGUUUUCAUGCAUCGAUGCAUCGCCGGAACUUGUUUCGUUGAUUAUGUCUCCAUCUUCCGACUCUCAUCACCUGCGAAAAAAAUGAUAUAGAAUUAACAGUGUUUGGUUUUCGGGUACGUUGGUGAAUUAAUAUGAAAUUGAACGUUCCAUAUUUUAGUUUUUAUUUAACGUUAAACAUAUUUUCAUCUAGUAUUAAUUGGCUCGCUUAAGCGAAUUGAGUGGGCUUCGAAUUAUUCUGUUGAUCAUAUUCGCUAAUCUCACUCGAGCAAUUUUCCGAUCGAAGGAUCCAAUCGACCCAUCGAUUAGUUGAGGGACGAUAUUUGCGCGAAGUUAAAAAAUUCACUACCGAUACGUGAAAUACGCUGUUACCAUUUCUUAUAUAGGUUUGCCCAUUUUCCUCCAAAGUUAUAACAAAACUUCCCGUAAUUCAAGGUCCACUCGAGCGCAGAUUUACUUAUCUCACGUAUUUUAUGUGAGAAAGUUUUUUCUACAUAAAUAUAAAACAAAAUCAGAAGUGCAUUUUUCACGUGAGCUGUAUCGUAAAGCUUUUUCUCAAGUUUACUAAAUAGCCAUGACUAGUAAUACCUAAUUAAGUAUAACAAAUAUGGUAAAGAGUGUUACGCGGCAUUUUUAUGUACGUAAUAUCGAAACGAUUUCGGUCAUAGCGUAUAAUCCAAUACCGAUCUAUUUUCGAUGCGAUUUUUUUUCUCUUUUUUCCUCCCCCUCCUUCAAAUUGUCUCGUACCGCUCGUUAUAGUAUUUGCGUAUGAAUAAUAAUUGCGAAUUGAUGUAUAUUGAUAAAGAAAUUAAAAGAAAAAUGAAAAAAAAAAAGAACAGAACAUAAUAAAAUAAAAUAAUAACGUAAAAAUAAAAAUAAAAUAAAAAUUGUAUUUGUUCCUGAGAAAUAAUAAUAAUAAUAAUAAUAAUAAUAAUAAUAAUAAUAAUAAUAAUAAUAAUAAUAAUAAUAAUAAUAAUAAUAAUAAUAAUAAUGGUAAUGAUAAUUUGAUGGUACGUUAUAUAAAUAACAUUAUAAUAUUAUGAUUAUAUUAUUAUAGAGUUGGUACGGUCUUUGAUGAUGCCUUGCCUGUAAAUGUAACAAAACGUUGAAUGAAAAACAAAGAAAACAAAAAAAAAACUCUUACUACCUUGUAAAUGUUUUACCAAAUAUAAUCGACUAUUCAACUUAUAAA